UACUUUUAGGGUAUGAACAAUUAAGAGUAUUACUGCUUUACCUGACCUCUUGGUACGAAGCAUGCAUGUAUGAAUUGUACCUAGUCAAGUCAGUAAAUUAGGCGAUUUGAAAAUGGAAUUCUUUUAGUUUUACCUCACAUUCCUUUUGUAUUCGUGUUUGAGGAAGGUUAAUUUUGUGAUUAGUGUAUGCUGUGAAGAAUGCAUGUUUCGUUGACUUUGUUAAUAUUAUUAAUAUUCCAAGAUACAAUUUCGAGUGAACCUAUCCUGAGCUACUUGACCAAUAGAAGGCCGAAGAACUGUGCGGAGCUGUCGCCUCCAAUACUGUCCAGCAUUCUGGGACCGGCAUUCAACUCCCGGUACAUGAGCAUCGACAAACCCCCUGUUAUGGAUGAUGAACCGGCCCACGGUGAGUCGGAUGGGAAACGAUAUGCCACCAAUGGACUGUUCCCCGAGUUCUACGUUGAUGAUGACUAUACAGAAGAGCUCGGGAAUAAACCUGCUUGGCUUGUGGACCACGUUAACACUCCUCCGACCGUGAUAGGUUUUACUUACACGAACGACCAUGCCUCGAAAGACACUAUUUUCAAAUCGCUAUAUCUCAGCCCGUUCCGACUGUUUGGGAGGCACGGUCGGAGGAGUGUUAAAUUGACGAAUAAUCAUGUGCUGAGAGCUCCGUUGAGCAAACGCGAUGCAAAUGGAUCGAAACUGGCGAACCGUUCAACUCGAAACGCCCGUCGAGGACAGAAAAGUAGCGGCAGCUCUCGACCGUGGAACUGUGAAGCGAAGAUCCGCUGGAUGGACCUGGGUGAUGAGUACUAUCCGCGAUUCCUACGAACUGUCGAAUGUGCCAAGACUAGCUGUUGGUAUGGCCACUACCAAUGUACACCUCGAUCAUUCACUAUUAAAAUAUUGCGCAAACGUCCCGGAGAGUGCGUUCCGAUUGAUGAAACGCACAAAAUCGGCAUUGAAGGACUUCCAGCGGAACUGAGCGAACUCUGGGUUUGGGAGGAACGAGCUGUCAAUUUUUGCUGUGAUUGUGCUCCACGGUUUUAAAACUAGUAUGUAGGAUUUUUAAAAAUGUGUAAAAAUGAAAUAAUAAGAAUAAACAUUGAUUGGUAGAACUGA